UGUCCUCCAUUUCCCCCACAUUUUCAGGUUCCCUUGGUGGAGUUGUGCUGUACGUGCCUGUGGUUUUCUUGUGUGCAAUAUGCCUGGUGUUGGGUGACACACCAACUUAGGCAUAGACCAAUUCGUAAAGAUGGAUGAGGACGAAUAUAUCCGGAAGGAAAAGCGGCGUGAACAGAAAGCAAAAUGGGCCAAGAAGAAAAGAGAUGCACUGAGAAUUGUUUCUGUCCUAGAAGAAGUGAGGAGAAGGCCAAUCUGUGCUGAUGCCCCUGGAACUAGUGCUCCCGGCCCCUCUAAUCCUGUCAAUGGUGUAUCCAGUCCAGUAAACCUUGAUUCAAGUGAUGGCACUUCUGAUGAAGAGGGCAGUACUGAUCAUGCCGUACAUGUGGUAGUUGAUGAAGAUACUCCUGGUCCCGUGAGCCCUGGUUACGACACUCCGGGUCCUGCAAGCCCUGGUUACGACAAUCUCGGUCCUGCGAGCCCUGGUUACGACACUCCAGGUCCCGCGAGCCCCGGUUACGACACUCCCGAUCCCUUGAGCCCUGGUUACGAUGAUCCCAGUCCUGCGAGCCCUGGUUACGACAAUCUUGGUCCUGCUAGCCCUGGUUACGACGAUCCUGGUCCUGCGAGCCCUGGUCACGACGAUCCCGGUUCUGCGAGCCCUGGUUACGACGAUCCCGGUCCUGCGAGCCCUGGUUACGACGAUCCCGGUUCUGCAAGCCCUGAUUACGACGAUCUCGGUCGUGCGAGCCCUGGUUCUGACCCUUCCGGUCCUGCGAGCCCUGGUUACGACAAUCCCGGUCCUGCGAGCCCUGGUUCCGCGAGCCCUGGUUACAAUACACAUGAUGGCAGUUCUGAUGAAGAGGCUGAUGACAAUCGUGUUGUGUAUGUCAAGGAGGUUGAUGUUGAAGAAGCAGCGACUGAGGCCGAGUUCUUCAAGAGGUCAUUGCGUGAAUUGUUUGGGAGAACAUCACUUUCACGGACUGAGCAGCAGUACCUACUCGGGCUUUUCAACCGUGCUGGUGUCCAGGGUUUGCCAAAGGAUCCGCGCACUCUACUUUGCACACCAGGCUCUGUUAACAUAAAUCCAUCCUACUUUGGUGUAGAGUACCACUGGUUUGGCAUUGAUGACCAGUUAACACGUGCUCUGGACUAUUUGGUUCGCCCACUUCGUCUUGAUGAAGAGAUCAAACUUAUGAUUGGGGUCGAUGGUGUACUGAUUUUUGAUUCGUCAAACGUUAAUGUCACUGCAGCAGCAUAG